GAAAAAUGCCCGAGUCUUGUCAAUUCAUUCGGUGAUGAAGAAAGUCGCAUUAGAGAAACCGCGCGUCUUACGUUCCGAGAUCAGAAUCGCAGAUAACUGGAGAAACGCGGGCAUCUUCCAGUGUUGGUUUCUCCCCUUAUCUACUGCCAUAAGAACGCCCAGCUGCUCGUAGACCCCAAGCAUCAAUGGCGUCAGCUUCUCUCUCCUCCUCUGCUCUCAUGGUUUCUAAACCACCCUUCAUCCAUCCCCAUUCUUCUUCGCCCGCUCUUCUACACCCUUUGAAAUGGAACUACCCCAUUAAAGUUCCGCAGCUGAGGAGAAGUGUAAGUUCCCAGCGAACGGCGCCAGCUGUCAAAGCAGAGUUCGAUAUAGCAUUCUUCGAGAGAGAUUUGGCAGGAAGCGACGCCCCGCCGACGCCGACGAUACCGGGGGCGGGAUUUCCGGACGUGGAAGAUAAGGAGGAGCCGCAGUGUCCUCCGGGCCUACGGAAAUACGAGACGAUGGUUGUCUUAAGGCCCGAUAUGUCUGAGGAUGAGCGCCUUGCCUUCACCCAGAAAUAUGAAGAGCUUCUAGUUGUUGGAAGUGGAAAGUUACGGGUAUGAAGAUUUGUUAACUGAUGGUGGUCUGGAAAUGGUAAAUGCUGAAUACUAUUUAGAGUUCUUAUAUUUUAAAACCUUUGAGCCCACUGCUGAAGUCAGGUCGCUGCUUUUAGAUAAGAUUUGAUAAAGAAAUAUGCUUGAUGAGAAAGGAUUUGAACUUUGCCAUAGAUGGAUCAUGAAGUUGUGGAGUAUGUCAUUAUAUAAUCUGGAGGGUGGAGUAUAUGUGUUUGGGAAGAUGAGUUACUGGUGUAAAUCAGACCUUAGAAUUACGCAGGCGGUCAUGGUAAGAAUGAUGUAAAUCAUAUACAGUUACCAAUUACUGUAUGAUUCUGAAGAUACUCCAGUUGUAUGGUUUUCUAGUAGCAACUUUGUGAUUGUAAUAAUAUCUUCUCGUCCAUCACAUAAGAUUUUGGGGAAGAAGAUCUGUCACCUUUCUUCAGGAUACAUGGAAUUGAAGGCUUUGACAUUUUAAUUUAGUAUCUUGGUUUUAGGCAAUACUCAAAAUCGGCCAUUUUUCAGCUAAAUUGAACGUUAAGGCCCUUAAGGGGCGAAAAUGCUUCUGAGUUACCAGCUUGGUAAAUCAAAAUGGACGGGGAAAUUUUCCAUUUCCGGGCAAAAGAGUAUACUGAAGUUUUGGCAUUCUAUCUCCUCUUUUGAGUAUGGGCUCAUCAGAUUUUUCUCUAAAUGCAUGCUGAAACUAAAGAUUGUCAUUGUGCUUUCAAAUAAAUAAUAAAGCACACGAUUUUUCUUUCACCCACAAAAUGUGGUUUUAAUGC